GAAGGGAGAUGCUGUAGGAGCUAAUGGGUUCCCUGCGGUGAGUUUUAGCGGGUGUGGGGGAAAUGGAUUUCCAGAGAGGGAUGUUGCCGCGGAUCCAGAUGUUCCACAAGGACUGUGGACCGGACCGAGCCCCGUUGGACGCCUGAUGUCCUCGUCGACUUACAGACUCCAAAAAAGCAUACGACAUCAUUUAUUGUUUUGGAUUCUGAACCUGGUCUUCUGCUCACCGAUACCUUCGCUGACCUGCUGUGUCUAAGGGAUCCUAUCAAAACCUUCCUUGGUCUGGAAAGUAGUUUGAGGACUUAGCCAUGAUGUUCUGCACCACCUUCUUGUCUGCUCCUGUGGACGACCUUGCAUGUGAGACAGGCGGGUCCACACCUGUGGGGGGUGCAGUUGUAGGUGCUGGUCGGUGCCUGACUUCGCUGCACUGCUUGGUUCUCCCCCAGGACGAAGUGUCCACCUCAAAUCUGGAGGCAACCCAACCCCUGGUCUAUUGUAUUGAUGGACCUCGAAACCGACUAGGUAGUGGGCUCUUGAGUGAGAGUGGGGGAAUCUGGGACCGUGUGAGACGGCGACGUAGUCGCUCGGCAUCUCCUUUACCUGGCAAAAGAUCUGGUAAAGAUGGGGCCAAAGUGUUGCUGCCUACAGGGCCAACGUUGCCCAUGGCGACUGUGGACAUCAAGAACCCAGAGAUCAGCAGUGUCCAGCGUCACUACAACCACAGUCAGCUGAACACUGUGCACUCGUCCUUCCCAAGGAGAGACAAGAAGGGCAAAGGGAAGAAGAAGCGACUGACGAAGGCUGACAUCGGCACUCCAAGCAACUUCCAGCAUGUCGGACACGUGGGCUGGGAUCCAAACACUGGAUUUGACCUGAUCAACCUGGACCCUGAGCUGAAGAAACUCUUUGACUUGUGCGGCAUCUCAGAGGAUCAGCUCAAGGAUAAGGAGACAUCUAAGGUCAUCUACGACUUCAUUGAGAAGAAGGGUGGCGUGGAGGCGGUCAAGGACGAGAUGAGGAAACAAGCUCCACCCCCUCCCCCCUCCAGAGGAGGACCACCUCCUCCUCCUACUCGCCACACCUCUGCUCCACCUCCUCCUGCUCGUGGCCGAGGAGCUCCGCCCCCGCCUCCACCAUCCAGAGCUCCAUUUUCUGCCCCACCUCCACCGCCUCCAUCUCGCCCAGGAAUGGUUGCUCCCCCACCACCUCCGCCUCCACCACAUACAUCAUUCCCUGUAGCUCCUCCUCCACCUCCUCCACCUGCAGUAUCAUAUGGCGGUGGAGCACAACCUCCCCCUCCUCCUCCUCCGCCUCCACCUCCGCCUGGCCCUCCUCCUUUGGGGGCUACACUGGACGCUAAUGGGGGCGAGGGUCCGGGCGGCAAGUCUGCACUGCUCAGUCAGAUCCGUGAGGGGACGCAGUUGAAGAAGGUGGACCAGAAGGAGAGACCUCCGUCCAGCAGUGGCCGAGACGCACUGCUGGACCAGAUCCGACAAGGGAUCCAGCUCAAAAGUCGGGACGAGGUGGUUGACGCGGCCCCUGUUGCUCCCCCCUCUGCUGGGAUUGUGGGCGCUCUGAUGGAGGUGAUGCAGAAGCGGAGCAAAGCCAUUCACUCAUCAGAUGAGGACGACGACGAUGACGAGGACGAAGACUUCGAGGAUGAGGACGAGUGGGAGGACUAGCUGCAGCGUUCAUCUAUUGACCGUUUAUUGCCUUGAAGCUUUCAGUUUGUCAUGAUCUGUGCAAUAGCUCCUAUUCUGAAGGUGCCGGUGCUUCUCCUCCUCCUCCUCUUCCACUCCUCAGUCUCACGGGUAAAGAGACCUGCGCCCCCCCAACAAGGGGGCUGGAGGGUGUCCCAUGAAUAGAUGCCACAGAACCCUGGUGGAGGUUCGCUUCAUUCCCAGAGCUUCUAUUUUGGUGAUCCGAGUUCCUGUUUUCUUACGAAUAAAAAAUGUAUGAUGAAAAUCUGACUGUUGCUCACUUGCUCACCUCUCAGCUUCUGAACCAACAAGCUCCUUGGUAGUGAAGGUUUAUUUAAAAAUUCCACAACUCAAACAUAUUUACA